CAGACGAUGGGAAGUCUAUGUACUUCUGGGAAACAGGUCCAUGGGGGCGGUGCAUGGGCAGCGACUGUGGCCCAGGUGGCAGCCAAAGCCGAGCAGUCUGGUGUGCCCAUGUGGACGGCUGGACGACGCUUCACACCAACUGUGACCAGAGCCAGCGCCCUUCCAACCAGAGGAACUGUUUCCGUGUGUGCGACUGGCACAAGGACCUUUACGACUGGAAACUGGGUGCUUGGAAUGAGUGCAUGCCAGUUUCAGGAAGGACCUUUGGGGCCCUGCGGCCUUUCACAUGCAGCGGAGGCGAAGAGGGCAUUCAGACCCGGGAGGUGGGCUGCGUCCUCAACUCAGAUGGGUCUCCAGCAGAGGAUGCCAUCUGCGAGUACUUUGAGCCCAAGCCUCGCCUGGAGCAGGCAUGUUUGAUCCCGUGCCCUCAGGAUUGCGUGGUGUCUGAGUAUUCACCAUGGACGUCCUGCUCCAAAACGUGUGGGACAGGCCUCAAGAACAGGGUCCGUAGCGUCCUUGUUCCUCCACUUUUUGGAGGUUCGGUUUGUCCAAACCUGACUGAGUUCCAGUCUUGUAAACUGGGGCCUUGCACAGGUCCAGAGGGCAUGUACAGUCUCAGGCUUGGACCGUGGGACCUUUGUACUCUCCCGCAAACUCGGACAGAACGGCAAGUUAAGCGCAGGAGAGGUAAAGGCCAGGGGCUUAGGGAGAGAACAGGAGUCAAAGACCCAGAGACAAGGGAGCUUAUCCAGAAGAAACGAACCAGAAAUCGCCUUAACCGGCAAGAGAGUCCAUUCUGGGAUAUCCAAGUGGGAUACCAGACCAGAGAGGUGAUCUGCAUACACAGGAAUGGCAGCUCUGUAGGACGCAACCUGUGCUCACCGUGGGACCAGCCACAGACCAUCCAGUCUUGCGUCCUCCCAAAGGACUGCCAAGUGACUGACUGGACCGACUGGGGCCCCUGCUCUAAAACCUGCGUGGACCCAGAUUCUCCUAAAGGAAACCGCACCAGGAUCAGACAGGUGCUGCAGUUUCCUGUGGGUGAAGGGGCAGAUUGCCCGCCGCUGGAAGAGACAGAGUCUUGUGAACCUCAGGGUGACGGAGUGCCAGCCUGCUCCACUUACACCUGGAGAACCACAGAGUGGAGUGACUGCCGGGUGGAUCCGUUGUUAAGCCAACAGGACCGUCGUCGUAGCAACCUAACGGGGCUCUGUGGAGGAGGCCUGCAGACCAGAGAAGUUUACUGCGUCCAGGACAACGCUGAGCUUCUGAAAUACCUCAAAGACCUCAGAGAGAGGGAUAGGAAUGCGGGUCAGACCCAAAGACAGCAGAAGCCUAGUGUCCCCCCUCUCCUCUCCGUCACCUUCCAGAUCACAGCGUCGCGCCCAGUAGAAAACACGCUGUGCCAGGGUCCGAUCCCAAACAUGUCCCAGCUGUGCCAAAUCCCCUGUCCCAUCGACUGUGAGGUAUCACCGUGGGGGGCCUGGGGACCCUGCACCUUUGAGAACUGUGACGACCAGGCUGCGAAGAAAGGUUUCAAACUGAGGAAGAGACUGAUCACCAACGAGCCCACAGGAGGGCCGGGGAACUGCCCUCACCUGGUAGAGGCAGUGCCAUGUGAUGACCCCAGCUGUUAUGAUUGGGAGCUGGUCAGUCUGGAUCAGUGUAUUCCUGAUGACGAGAAACCAUGUGGCCCCGGCACUCAGCUCCCACAGGUCCUGUGUGUCAACAGCAACGGAGAAGAAGUGGAGAGAAGUCUCUGUUCCAUGCCAGUUCCAGAACCCGUGCCAUGCGAGGUGCCUUGCUCCAGGGACUGUGUGCUUAGCGAUUGGACACCCUGGUCCACCUGCUCACAGACCUGCUCCAGUAAAACCAUCGAAGGGAAGCAGCUAAGGACUCGCUCCAUUUUGGCUUACAACGCUGGGGAAGGUGGCGCCCUGUGUCCAAACAGCAGCGCCCUCCAGGAGGUACGGAACUGUAACGAACACGCCUGCACAGUCUAUCACUGGCAGACGGGACCCUGGGGGCCCUGCACCGACGACCCCUCUGCCUCCUCCCUCAACAUCUCCACAGCUGUCCGUUCCCGUCAGGGUCCCUGCUCCAUGGGGAUGCAGACCCGCAAGGUCAUCUGCGUCCGAGUCAACGUGGGACAAGUGCCGCCAAAGAAGUGUCCAGACGGCCCUCGACCUAGCACGAUGCGACCGUGCCAGCUACCCUGCAAGAAAGACUGUAUUGUGACCCCUUUUAGCGACUGGACGACGUGUCCUGUUACCUGUGAUGCAGCGGGUAACGCCAUAAAGACGAGGCAAUCAAGGAAACGUCUCAUCAUCCAGCAGCCGUCCAAUGGAGGACAGGAGUGUCCCGAGUUGCUGGAGGAGGAGCAGGACUGUGAGCUGCCCACAGUCUGUCCAGGAUUCAGGUGGAAAACCCACAAAUGGAGGAAGUGCCAGCUGGUCCCGUGGUUUCUCAGACAGAAUAAUUUGGGCGCACAGGAGACCUGUGGACCAGGACUUCAAACCAGAGCUGUGUCCUGUCGCCAGCUGGACGGGACGCAGGCCGACAUCAGCGAGUGUCUGAAAUUCGCCAAAGCCAUGCCCGCCAUCACUCAGCGCUGUCAGCUCCCCUGCCAGGAUGACUGCCAGCUGACCAACUGGUCCAAGUUCUCGUCCUGCACAGCUGACUGUGUGGGUGUCCGUACCAGAAAGAGAGCAUUGAUAGGAAGGAGCAAAAAGAAAGACAAGUGCAAGAACACCCAAAUGUACCCUCUGAGUGAGACCCAGUACUGCCCCUGUGACAAGUACAACGCCCAGCCGGUGGGGAAUUGGUCCGACUGCAUCCUGCCCGAGGCGGGCCGAGCGGAGAGCACCCUGGGGCUCAAGGUCCAGGGAGACAUCAAGGAGUGUGGACAGGGCUACCGCUACCAGGCCAUGGUGUGCUACGACCAGGACAACAGGCUGGUGGAGACGCUGCGCUGUAACAGUCACGGAUAUAUCGAGGAGGCGUGCAUCAUCCCCUGUCCCUCAGACUGUAAACUCAGUGAAUGGUCCAACUGGUCACGCUGCAGCAAGUCGUGUGGCAGCGGGGUCAAAGUUCGCUCCAAGUGGCUUAGAGAGAAACCUUACAACGGUGGACGGCCGUGUCCCAAACUGGAUCAUAUCAAUCAGGCCCAGGUGUACGAGGUGGUGCCGUGUCAAAGUGACUGUAAUCAGUAUGUGUGGGUGGCCGAGCCAUGGAGCGUGUGGAAAGUCAGCAAUGUGGACUUGAAAGAGAACUGUGGUGAAGGAGUCCAGACCAGAAAAGUCAGGUGCAUGCUGAACACGAUAGAUGGGCCGUCAGAGCCCGUGGAGGACUACCUCUGUGACCCAGAGGAGAUGCCGCUGGGGGCCAGGGAGAGCCGGCUGCCUUGCCCCGAAGACUGCGUCCUAAAUGACUGGGGCCCCUGGAGCCGCUGCAGCCUGCCAUGCACAAGGACCAAAAGUCGGGUGCGAGUGGCCUACACUCUCCGAUCGCCCACUGUGGGGAGGCAGUGUCCAGACACGAUUGACAAGGAGCCGUGCAGUCUCAAUCUCAACUGCUUUAACUACUUCUACAACAUCACAGAGUGGAGCACAUGUCAGCUGAGUCCUAACGCUGUGUGCGGUAGCGGCAUCAAAACCCGGAUGCUUGACUGUGUCCGCAGCGACGGCAAAUCAGUGGACAUCAAAUUCUGUGAGGAGCUGAAUUUGGAGAAGAAGUGGCAGAUGAACAUCUCAUGUGUGGUCGAGUGCCCCGUCAACUGUCAGCUGUCAGGGUGGUCGGACUGGUCUGAGUGUUCUCAGACAUGUGGAUUAGAAGGUAAGAUGUGGCGUCAGCGAUCAGUGGUUCAGGCCUCUCAGGGCGAUGGCCGGCCCUGCCCCUCCCAAAUGGAGCAGUGGAAGCCCUGCCCGGUUCGCCCCUGCUACCGCUGGCAGUACAGCCCCUGGUCCGAGUGUCGGGUAGAGAGCGUGGUGUGUGGACAUGGCACACGGUACAGAAACCUGUCCUGCUUCGUGUCGGACGGCUCCAGUGAAGCUGACGGUCCGGUGGAUGAGGAGCUGUGCAGCAGUCUGGAGCUCGCCGUCGAUGGAGACAAGCAGAUCGUACUGAAAGAGGCCUGUACACUCCCCUGCCCAGGUGAAUGUUACCUGAUGGAGUGGUCAGACUGGAGCUCCUGUGUGAGCAUCUGUGUGAAGGGGGCUGGCGUGGACUUUGGCUCUGUUCAGGUUCGAUCUCGAGCCGUGUUGGCCCAGGAACCUGAAAACCUGCAGCUCUGUCCUGACCAGGCCUGGGAGUCUCAGACCUGCACAGGAGGUGAAUGUUACGAGUACAAGUGGAUCAGCGGAGGAAACUCCACCCGGCCUUUAAUCUGGUGUCAGCGCUCAGAUGGAGUCAAUGUCACUGGAGGUUGUCCUCCCAUCAACCCUCCAGUCGACAACAGCUCCUGUGACCCUCCGUGUCUCAUGCCAAAGUCUUUCUGCAGCGAGGCCAAUAUCUGCACAUGCGAGGAGGGAUUCACAGAGGUGCUGUCACCAACUGGGCAGCUGGACCAGUGCGCCCCUAUCCCCAUCCUUGAGAUCCCCACAGCAGGCGACAAGAGAGGGGACGUGAAAACCAGUCGUGCCAUUAACCCCACUCUGCCCAGCACCAUCCUGCCAGGGCGCACCGGCCGGACCUGGUACCUGCAGCCCUACGGACCAGAUGGGAAGCUGAAGAUGUGGGUGUACGGUGUAGCAGCCGGAGCCUUUGUGCUCCUCAUAUUCAUAGUGUCUAUGAUAUACCUAGCUUGCAAAAAGCCAAAGAGACCUCAGAGACAGAGGCAACAAAACAACCGACUAAAACCUCUGACUCUCGCCUACGAUGGGGACACGGACAUGUAGUCCUCCGGGAGACGCUUCACCGAGCACUUCACCUGUCAUCGAGACCCACUUCAUCACAGCCGUUGCAGUGAGGGACAUGGAUGUUUGCAGCGUGAAUGGACACGUCACAGAGCGGAGAAAUUACAGAAAAUCCUCUUAGCAGAGACACUGCUGGGGUUUAACCAUUUCAAGUCGAGCUCCAUUCACUCCCCGCUUUGUUUUUUUUGAAGUAUUUUCUUUGCUAGAGCCGUCAUGACCUCCACCGUGUUCAAUGAAAUGCCUUUUUUUGGCCCUCCGUCACAUCUCUGUAAAGAAAAGACUCAUUUCAGAGGCAGAGACGGCUCUGCUGCUGUCUCUGAACAUGGCAGCACAAGCUCCAACUCUUCCCCCGCGCUUUUCUGCUUGUCCCUAAAAAUGCUGAGUAGCUGGAGGCUUAGGAUGCUCUGACGGUUCGUACGUUGCCAAAAGUCACCGCAGGGAAGAGGAGGAGGAGGAGGGAGAGGAAAAUCUCCAUAAAAAGGUUUGGAUUCCUUUUUUCGCAAUCCUCAACUGGGUUUUGACUCAAAUCUCUUUUACAGUCUUGAACAAAAGGAAGGCAUUUCUUCUCUUUUUUUGCUUGAUUUUGAGGCGCACAGGCCUGUGUUUGUGGGAUAAACUGAUCUGUAUGAUGCUGAUGGAGAAGUAGCCUGCAAUCAGUUGUUCAUGGAGACUACUGCCUGCCUGCCUGCCUCCACCCUUUUCUGCGUUUCAGGCUCUACAUUGCACUAUAUUAGUGCAGCAUGAUAUGCACAUGUGACUUCUACCUUCUAUUGCCAUAAAAACACUGCCUCUUCCACAGACAGACACUAACACAAAGCAGAGGAUCAGCUACAUAAAGGUCGACACGAGAAAAAGGGCAACAGAACCAACGUUUAGACAACAAGGUGUGAAUCUCCAGUAAAUAUAUGUAUAGAUUUUAUUUCUCACAACUGAUUUCUUUGGUUGUAGUAAAGUACAUUUUGUGGUUUGUAGAUUUUGUCUGGUGUUGAUCACUUUAUUUUUGCCCAGUACAACUAAAAAUUCAACUACGUUAUCAUCAGGUGACUUCUACUGACUCACCUUCUACUGACUUUUAAGACUCACCUACUUUAGAGUUAUUUUGAACCAUAAAAAUUCAAAUUAAAUUCUGAUUUCUUUUGUACUGAUUGUGGAAACCUGAAGUUUUGCAGUGAGAAAAAAGAAAAAGGCCAAUAAUUUUAAACCAUUCAUGUCAUGCAAAUGUCAUUUCUGCCUUACUGACGAUAACUAAAUACUAACAGUCCUGUUACACAGUUUUUAAUACUUGAAUAGGGCACACUAUAUUCAUCAUAUACUCAUAGACAUUAGAAAUACUAAAUUCUCCUUUCUUUUGAGGUCACUAACCUAUGGAAGCCCCAAGAGGACAUGCAUCCAUACAUUUUAUUUUUACCUUCUUCCUGUGAUAAGAUUUUUUUUUUCCAUGUUUUUCAAGGUUAAGCUUGCCAGCAGCAGCAGUGUGGUGCAUCAGCUUUAAUGCAAGCAAGGAUGAGUGAGUAGUGUGGCAUAUUUAAAUACACCGCUGUGUUUAGAGAAAGAACUGUGAUUGGCUAUAGGAGCUAGGAGGCGAUAAUUGUGAUCAUCUGGCUGAGGGAUUAAUUAAUAGAAUAAAAAAGAUAAAUCUCUUUAGCAAUCUCUUAAAACUGAAUGGUGGUGUAGACCUUAAAACACGCAUUUUGGCUGCUCACUGACCUCAAAGUUGAUAUGAUUUUAGGAUAAGGGACCAUUUUGAUUAAUUCCACUGUGGUGCUUAGAAAUCUGCACAUUCAUGGUAAUUCUUGGUUAAACUUAAAGGAUUUUCAAGCUCCCCCUUGAGAAUGGCUGGGUUAGUGGACCAAUCGGAGAGCCAACUAAGGACCAGUGCAGUAUUUUGUCCGUAGAUCUCUACAAUUUAAAUUAUCACAGCGUUAAGAGUAAAAUGUGGGAAUGUUUGUCCACAUAGGGCUUCUAUAAGCAUAGUAUUCUUUAAACUUUCUCAUGUAGUUAUCGGUAUCAUAGGUGCUCUAUCAGUUUUUUCUCACACUACAUGAGGCGAGCUCUAGAUAGAAAAAUAAACAAUCUGUACAAACGACAUGUUAAUAGUAAAAAUAACACGUUUCUGCUGAGUUCUACGUCGAAACAAACUGGUGUGGAGAAUGUUUACUUUUUUUGUUGUGGGAUUUGUAAAUAACAGCGAUUUUUUUAUUUUUUUGGAACAAAAAAUAUCAAAAGUAUGUGUACAUUUAUUUUGUAUUGCACAGAAAAUGUUUAGUUUGAAUAUUGCAAAAGUCGGGUGUGUGAUAUUGCUGAUUGUUGUUACCAUGAUGCAAGUUGUGUGUUGUGGGAAAAAAGAGGGGAAAGACAAGAAAAAGAGGAGAGGAGAGGGUCAGCUGUUUUUGUACAGGAUGUUUAUAUGUAU